GGGAGUGUGAACGCUGGGGAAAACAUGGAUCCGAAGGAAGGAAGCGGAGGGGCCGUCGUCGACAAUGUCGUUUAUUUUUAAGUUCGGCGGUUGACAGCGAGUCCGGGUUGCCGCGUCCCGAGAUGUUCGCGCCGACGGCAACCCCCUUGCAGUAAGGAGGAUUGUGACCAAGCCAAGCCCCCUCUUCCUGCAACCUCCAAGGUUCUCUAUCCAUUGAAACACUCUUUGAUGUCAACAUGGAAUGUGGCGAGAACAUCCCAGCCCAAGAUGAACAUCUCAAAUCAGACCGCUUGAACCUCAGCGGACUGUACCAUGUGGGUCGGACCUUGGGAAGGGGUCACUAUGCAGUGGUGAAACUUGCUCGGCACGUCAACACUGGGCAGCUGGUUGCUAUUAAGAUGAUUGACAAGACCAAACUCGAUGUCAUGGCGACAAGCCACCUCUUACAGGAAGUCAGAUGUAUGAGGAGGGUGCAACAUCCUAACGUGGUCCGCCUCUACGAGGUCAUCGACACACCUACCACCCUUUACCUGGUCAUGGAGCUGGCAGAGGGGGGCGACCUGUACGACUACAUCCUUCGCCACGAGACAGGCGUUGCUGAGGGCACUGCCAAACGCCAUUUUGCCCAGAUCGUGCGCGCCGUGGCGUACUGCCACAAGCUCCACGUGGUGCACCGAGACCUGAAGCCAGAGAAUGUGGUGUUCUUUCCGCAGCAGGGGGCAGUGAAACUGACAGACUUUGGUUUCAGUAACUUAUUCAAACCUGGGACCAUGUUGGCCACCAGCUGUGGGUCCCUGGCAUAUUCUGCACCGGAGAUUCUUUUGGGAGAAGAGUAUGAUGCUCCGGCUGUGGAUAUCUGGUCCCUCGGGGUGAUCUUGUACAUGUUAGUGUGCGGGGUCCCUCCCUUUCAGGAGGCCAAUGACAGUGAGACUCUGGUCAUGAUUCUGGAUUGUCGCUACUCCAUCCCCGACCACGUCUCAGGCCACUGCAGAGAUCUGAUCUCCAGGAUGCUCCAGAAGGAUCCAUCGGUCCGAGCGUCACUGGAGGAGAUUGAGGCUCACCGCUGGUUGCAGGGGCUGGACAAUGUGCUGCUCAGCCCAGAGGCCCCUCCCCAUUGGCUCUCGGGGGCCCUGUCCUCGACCUCGCCGCUCUCCCGAAUGGUCGAGUCUGGUGACUUGCUCGCCGCCAAGCCGCAGUCCUUACCGGCGCCGCGGCAGGUCAACCUCAGCUACUCGCUUCACCCGCCGCCGGCCGAGGAACCUCGCGUCGCCAAGAACCUCCCAGCUCUACUGCAGAUUUGUGAGGAGGAGGAGGAGGAGGAGGAGCUAGAGGAGAGCAACCUGGCCAAAGAGUCUGAAGGUUUGUUGUCGUUGUCUGCGACUGAGCCACAGAAGAAGUUUGAGGUCGUGCUGGACGCUGCGGACGAUCAAGAGGAAAGGGCGGAAGAGCAAUUGACUCCGGGGGAGAAGUUUGAACCGGAGGAGGAUGGAGCGGACACGGAAAGAGAGCGCACGCAAAGCGCGAGCGUGAUUUCAUACCAACCCGUCGCUCACCUCAACAAUCUCGUGAGUCACGCGCCGGAGCGCCCCGCCUCGUGCGAGUCUAAGGCCGCUUUGAGGGUGCCGUGUUGCCAGGGGUGGAGUGAGAAAACCCCCCAGCAAGAGACGGAACCAAACAACAACUUCAACAAAGCCGCCGCCUCCGCAAUGCCGAAAAAACAAAAAACACACCGCGGAGAGAAGACGGAGCAAUGGACGGACACGGGCGCCGGGGACGACUUUGUAACGGACAGAUCCCAAUCGCGCAAUACAACCGGGCCCUGGGACGAAGCCGCCAAUACCGCCGCCGCCUCCGCCGCCAGGGUGGAGCCGGCGGGGAAACGCCACAGCCUCAAGCUCCGCGAGCGCCUCUUCCAGUUGCCCCUGUGUGAGAAAGCGCUGGCCUUCAACAUCCCCACAAACAACAAAGCCAAGAUCCUCCCACUGGCCCAGUACAACUGUUGCCAUGUGCUUUAAAUAACAGGAGAGUUUCGAGUGCACACUUGAGCACAAAUCGCUCCGGUUUCUCGACGGCACGGUGCUUUGAGUGGAGCCGCUUUGCGACUGGGUGAGCGCGUAGCAAGCACACUGUAGAGAAAAUUGUGAGCUGCCCACAACGAAGCGCUUCACAGAAAAACAAAACAAAACACACAAAAACUCACUAGCACUUGUUUCUUCUUCUUCUUCCCUUUGCACAACCCGCUUCUCUGGUUCCAAACCUCUUAAAUAUAAGCUGAGAGACUGUUACGAUAUGUUGUGAUAUACGCCACGUGCUAUAAUCCGCCUCAGACUGAGAUGAUUGUAUCAUUCUCCGUCCUCUUAAUGUUCUGUCCGUUGAUCACUCGCCCUACUAGUUUUUUUUUUUUGGUCACAUCUACGAUCGUCAUGGGAACCGUGUGACUUGCUGUGCAUGCUCUUAGCGUUAUUUAUCACCGUAAUACCUCCAUACCGUGUCUUGGCUCGGAGCAGGACACCGCUGUUGUUCUUGUUACCUUGAUUGCACUUCCUUCCCUAACUGUACAUCUUGGAAUAUGAAUCACGUGUUACAUAUUGGUAGAGGAGUCACUCCGUGUAUAUUUGGUGUAUUUUCACAUCCACUCAUGUCUUAUUCGAGGCAAAUUUGUAGAUACAUGUUGUACAGUGAUAAGAGCCAAAGCUGUAGAAUAAGCUACUGUACAGUAACACAUCUACUUUCCCUGUAGCCCUGCGGAGCAGCUUAUUUGUUGUUCAUUUCUACUGUUUCCUGCCUAAGUUGGGAAUGCAACCGGGCAUACAUUCCUCGCUUAUAGAGAAAAAGCGUAAAAAUUUGAUUGUCGCUUUGUAAUUUCGGCAGCACUGUAAGUACAAUACAAUACAAUACAAUACAUGCUGAUUUAUAUAGCGCUUUCACAACAGCGGCAGCUGUAACAAAGCGCUUUACAAAACAGUUAACAUAAAGUAAAAUAAUAAACACAACACAAUACAAUUUAUUAAAAUAUUAUAUAAUUAUACAAUUUGCACCAAGAACAGAUUCAAUAGAGAAGUGAUUAUUCCUGGGCCAGUUGCAGCCUGCCCCUCCCUGGUGUGUUCUGUUUUCCUGCUUUGAAUUAGAGGACCUUUUUUUUUUUUCUGGAAUUAUUUAUUAAAUGACAUCAAUGUAACCAAUGUGCUCCAUGACGUUUGUCAGGAAGAAAAAAAAACAAACACGCUUUCUUCAUUUGCGUCUUUAUUGCGAUACAGCCUGUGGUCCACACGUCAGGUCAAGCGAACACAUGCAGAACACUUCAUUGAGUUGAUGCCGACUGGUGGCUGGAUGUGGAAUAUCUCUUUUUUUUUAUUGUAAACAGAUUGGGGAGCCACAAGCGCUGUUUUUUGGAAGAAUAAAGCCUCCAAUGUGCGAGUGGCCGCAUUGACGUCGUCGUCGUGUAUGUGUGAUGCUCCGUCUGCCAGCACUGAAGUGUGACUAGCACAAUGUGCACAGAAGACAAAUGAGUGGUAAUACUGACCAGUUAAGCAGUCAUUAGAAGCACAAUCCAGAAUAUAAAACAUUGGACAACACAUCCCCCCCACCGCCAAAAAAAAAACGCAUACAAUAGCAGAGCACAAGUGGUCUUUUGUUUUUUUCCUUAUUAUUUUUCUCAAGGCUUAAUAUUCAAAUCCAGCAUUAAAAAAAAAAAGAUUUGAGCAUUUUAGCAGCCACAUUUUUUAUGGGAGUUCAGUACCAAAACACAGUCUAGUAUUGUUACGACCAAA